AGACAAAAACUUGCUGCUCAGUCUCUCUUUUGACUUUCGCUGUGUUCACCAUUUCAUUUGAUUUGCUUUCAUCCCAACUUGUUACCUUCAUUGUCUCUGCUCAGUCCUUUUUAUCAUCUUCUGCUACUCUCUGCCCCUCAACUCACCCCCCUUUUCACAAAUCAUCUCAUUUUUGUACUAUUUUCAGCCUUUGUUUCAUUAAUUAUCCCGAUUUCAUUUGAUUUGUUUUCAUCGUGACUUAUUACCUUCAUCGUCUUUGCUCAACUCUUCUUUUUGAUAAUCUUUUGUGACUCUGCACGUCACCACACAUCCCUGAACACAAAUUUGCUCUUCCUCCCACAAUUCUCAUUUCUUACCUUCGUUUAAUUUGGUUCUUCUGCUUCUUGUAACUCUAAUUCUGACCAGUUUUCAUCCCUCUACACAAAUCAGCUCACCCUCCUAUUAUUAUCGGUCUUUGUUCUUCUGUUUCUUGUCUCUCCACAUACCCAGGAAAAAAAAAAAAAAGCUCACCCUCCUACUAUUAUCAGCCUUUGUUCUUCUGUUUCUUGUCUCUCGACACACCCAGGAAAAAAAAAAAGCACAGAAUUAGAGGAUGGCCACUGAAAUUGGCGUUGCUGCUGGUGGCAAAUGUGCUGAGCACCUAGUUGAAACGACUAUUAAUCUGAUCUCACAACCAAUAACUCUUGUUUACAAACGGAGCGAUAAUGUCAGAAAUCUGAAGGAUAAACUGGCGCUGCUGACGGAUAGAAGAGAGAGUGUGCAACAUGAUGUUACUGAUGGUGAAAGAAAGGCUGAAGAAAUUGAACAGGAGGUCAAGAAUUGGAUGAGUAAAGCAGAUGACUAUAUUACUGGAGAAGCAAAGAAAUCAUGGGAUGAAUUAGAAGAAAAAGCCAAGAAGAGGUGUUUCCUAGGGUUGUGUCUUAAUCCCAAGUCUCUUUACAGACUAAGCAAAAAAGCAGAGGAGGAUGCCCUGGCUGUUGGUCAACUUCUGGAGGCCAAGUUCAAUAGAAUUUCCUUCUUUCAUGUGGAAAAGGAGAAAGCAGAUCUGAUUGAUGAAGUUUUCAAGGACUUUGACUCAAGAAGGCAUGUUCUAAAGGAGAUCAUGGAGGCUCUACUAACUCCAAGCAUCAAGAAGAUUGGGGUGUACGGGAUGCCUGGCGUGGGGAAGACAUUGCUAGCUGGAGAAGUUAAAAGAAAAGCAGAGCAAGAGAAGUUGUUUGAUGCAGUUGUUAUUGCUAAAGUGACGAAGAAUCCAGACUUGAAAAGUAUUCAACAAGAAAUUCAACGUGGAUUGGGUUUAGAGCUUCCUGAUGGGAUUCCAGAGUGGGGAGCUGCUGCUCGAAUAAAGUCAACACUGACAAAAAGGCAGAAUGUCCUAGUAAUUUUGGAUGAUAUUUGGGGACGAGUAGCUUUGGAGGAUGUGGGAAUCCCCUUAUCUGCAAAUGAGCAAAAGCAACCUGUAGGGCAAAAGAAUGAUGAAAGCUCAGCUGAACAACAAAUUUUUGUAUGUAAGGUUUUGUUGACCUCCAGAGAUCGCUCUGUUUUAUCAGGUGAUAUGGGUACUGAAAAAGAAUUUCUAGUUGGUCAAUUAGAAGAUAAUGAAUCAUGGGAGCUAUUUAAGAAGAUAGUUGGCAAGGAUGUCGAAAGGCAUGAGUUGCGGCAGAUUGGAAGGGAGAUUGCAAAAGAAAGUAGAGGAUUGCCGAUUGCUGUUGCAACAAUUGGAAAUGCUUUGAAAAAUAAGAGUGUGCAUGAUUGGAAGGAUGCUCUGCUAGAAUUGAAAAGACCUUCUCCGAAUGGGAAAUCUGCAAAAUUUUUCUCAGCUAUAGAGUUCAGUUUCAAGCAUUUAGAAAGAGAAGAACUCAAGCAAACAUUCUUGAUGUGUAGUUUGCUAAGCCACAAUGCUGCCAUUGAAGAGUUGGUGAAAUAUGGCGUGGGUUUGGGUUUGUUUCUAAAUGUCCGCACAAUAGAAGAAACACGAAACAGAGUAUUGUCAUUGGUUGAUCAUCUCAAAGCGUCUUCUCUGUUGGUAGAUGGUCGUGGCAAAAUGUAUUUUGACAUGCAUGACCUCAUUCGGGAUGUUGCCAAGUCAAUGGCUUCUAGGAACUAUGGUUUGUUUACUUCAAGAGAUGAAGACAUGCAGGGAGGGUGGCCAGAAAAAGAGGUAAUGACAGAUUUGAAAUGGAUUUUUUUAUCAAAUGGAGAUGCUUGCGGUGGUCUGCUUCCAGAUAAGUUCCAAUGCCCCAAGCUUACUUUCUUUCAUUUGUCCAACUACUCUCUAGCAAUUCCUACAAAUUUUUUCUCAGGGAUUGAAAAACUCAGAGUCUUGGGUUUGACAAAAACGAAUCUAUCCCCCAUGCCUGUGUCUAUUGCUCUCCUAACAGACCUUCGCACAUUACGUUUGGAUCAAAGUGUGUUAGGAGAUGAAGACGUAGGUGCUAUCAUAGGAAAGCUGAAGAAUUUGCAAGUCCUCAGCCUUGCAGGAUGUGAAAUUGAAGAGCUGCCAAAAGAAGUAGGGAGUUUGACCGAGCUAAAGUUGUUAGAUUUGAGCGACUGCACACAAUUGAAAGUAAUUCCACAACAAGUCUUAGCAAGUUUGUCCAAACUACAAGAGCUAAAAAUGGGAAACAGCUUUUACCAGUGGGAUGUCAUGGAGCAUGGGAGGCAAAGAAAUGCUAGCCUUUCUGAGUUGACACAGUUACCUAGACUAACAGCUUUAGAGUUACGUGUCCUUGAUGUUCAAACGAUCCCUGGAAAAUUAGAAAGAUACAAGAUAUUCAUGGGGGAUGUGUGGAACAACUGGGAUAGUUCGUUUGAUAGCUUAAAAGUAUUGAAGCUGCAGAUGAAGGCACACAUAAGAUUCGACUAUUCAAUUAAACGGUUGUUGAAGAUGACUGAAGAGCUACAUCUGGAGGAGUUGAAUGGCGUAAAGAAUGUGGUUGAUGAGUUAGAUAUUGAAGGUUUUCCAGAUCUGAAGUAUCUCUAUAUUUGUAAUGCUCCAGAGCUUCAUCAAAUUGUUAACUUAAGGGGAUGGGGUCCUUUCAGUGCAUUUCCCAACUUGGAAGUUUUGUUUCUUCGUAAUUUAAUUAAAUUGGAGAAGUUAUUUCAAGCCAGGUUCAAAGAUACGGCUUUUAGCAAAUUAAGAACAAUAACAAUUGAGUGUUGUCAUCAGCUAAAGAAUUUGUUCUCCUUUUCCAUAGCUAGCCAGUUUCUCCAACUACAAGAAAUUAAAGUGUCAGACUGCAGCAACAUGGAAGAGAUUAUUGAUCUCGUCAAGGAGCAAAGGAGCAGAGAAGAUAUUGUUGAAGCAAGUCAAGAAGUAAAGCCAAAGUUUGGUCAGUUGUUGCGGUCCUUGAGAUUACAACGUCUGCCAAAGCUGAUUAGCUUCAACAGUAAUUGCAGCACCAUGCCACUUUUCAAUGAUCAGUUUCUGUUUCCAAACCUAGAGGAGCUGCAAUUGUCAUGGAUUAAUGUUGACAUGAUAUGGAUAGCAUCUUACUGUGUUGAGAACCUGACAAAAUUGAUAAUUCAUGGCUGCCAUAACUUGAAAUACCUAUUCUCAACCACUAUGGCUAGAAGUCUAGAGAAGCUUGGACACCUUGACAUAAGGGAAUGCAAGAUGAUGACAAAGAUCAUACCUCAAUUGGAGGAAUUGUCCUUAACGGAAGAUGACAUCCUAAUGAUAUGUGGUGAAAUCAAAUUUAAGGAGAACCUCUUUUUCAAUAUCAAAGUUCUUCAUAUUCAAGACUAUCUUGAUAUGUCAGCUAUUUUACCAAUCUGCUUUCUCAAUAGAUUCUCCAAUUUAGAGAAGCUUUUUUUGAAAAAUUGUUAUUUCACAGAGUUAUUCCCUCCAAAAGGAGAGCAGGUUGGUGACCAAGAGAAACAAGUUGAGACUGAGGUACUCUCAAGGAUUAAAAUACUAAGAUUGGAUUCCUUUCCUAAUCUCAAGCACAUAUUGAGCCAAGACUCAUCAACUGUUCUUCAAAAUCUUCAAACCCUUGAAGUAUGGAGAUGUAAUAGUUUGCCUUGUUUAUUAAUAUCAAACACAAUAUCUCUCCAUAAUCUUACCACUUUGGAUGUGUCGGGAUGUGAUUCUGGUAUGAAAACAUUGGUUUCAGUCCCACUGGCCCGAAGUCUGGUGCAACUGGAACAUAUAACUGUAAGCGAAUGUGACAGCCUUACUGAAAUAGUUGGACACGAAGGAGAUAGAAGAGAAGAUUCAGAUAUUAAUUUCAACAAAUUAAGAAUUUUGAAACUUAAAUGUUUGCCAAGAUUAGGAAGCUUCUGUUCGGAGAAUUUCUCAUUCAAUUUCCCAUCUUUAGAAAUGGUAACUGUGGAUCAAUGCCCCAAAUUGAAGAUCUUCAGUGAGGGAGGCUUAUGCACACCACUAUUGCAGAGAGUAGAAUUAACUGAAGGAGAGGACAAGUCGCAUUGGGCUGGUGACUUAAAUACCACCAUACAAAAAAUGCACACAGAAAAGGUUGGAUUUGCUGGGUUAGAGGACUUGACACUGUCAGACUUUCCUGAAUUGAUUGAAAUAUGGCAUGAUAGGGAGAGGCGCCAAGCAAUUUUGGAUUUCAGAUUGCUUGAAUAUCUACAGCUCGAUAAUUGUGCCCAGCUCUCAUACUUGUUAACCCCUUCCAUGGUAUCUUGCCUUGUGCAACUCGUAUUUAUAAGCAUAAAGAACUGUGCUAUGAUGGAGCAAGUGAUAAUGGGAGAUGGAGAAGAAAGUAAGAUGAUAUUCCCCCGACUAUUGAACAUUAAGCUAGAGUCUUGUUCAAAUUUGAUAAGUUUCUAUGUGGGAAGUCAUCGCCUUGAGAUUCCAAGUUUGGAAAGAAUUUUUAUAAAAGAAUGCCAAAAUAUGGUUACGUUCGCUGCUUCUACAUCGUCUGGAGAGCAUGAAAAAGAGACAUCUCAUCAAUACUUUUUUAGCAGCAAGGAUACAUUUCCGAGUCUAGAAGAAUUGAAAUUGGAAUGGAAUGACAAUAUAAAGGAGAUAUGGUAUGGACAGCAUCCAGAAGAGUACUUCGGCAAACUAAAGGUGGUGGAACUCUCCUGUUUUCCUAAGAUAUCAAAUUUUCUUCCACCCUUUUUCUUCCAGUCUUUGCCCAGUCUUGAAAAGCUUGUUGUGAGGGAUACUUUCUUCAAUGAAGUAUUCCAAUGUGAAGAAGCUGGUGUUGAGGAGAAACCUUUUGUAUGUGGACGCACUCCAUUAUGCGAACUAAGGCUGUCCGAACUCCAUGAGCUAACACAUCUUUGGAAGGAAGAAUCCCAAAUUGAAUCAAUUUUUAGUAACCUAAAAACUCUAGAAGUUCAAGAAUGUAGCAGAUUGAAGAAUUUAGUGCCAUCCAAUGUACAUUUCAACAAUUUGCAGACUUUGGAAGUAUCCAAGUGUCAUGGACUUGUCAAUUUAGUGAGAUACUCAACUGCAAAAAGCCUGGUGCAACUCAAAACAAUGCAAGUAACAGAAUGUGAGACGAUAGGAGAAAUUGUGGUAUGCUUGGGUGAUGAUGUAAAGGAUGGCAUUAUUCUCAGCAAGCUGAAGUAUUUGCAACUUGAAGGUCUACCAAGACUAGCAAGCUUCUGUUCAGGGGUUUGCAACUUUGAAUUCCCAGAUUUGGAAGUUGUCAUUGUUAGAGAGUGUCCAAAUAUGCAGAUUUUCUCCAAUGGAGAACUAAGCACUCCAAAUCUGGCCAGAUUGAAAGAAUAUCAUGAGGAUGAAGGAUGCUGGGAGGGCAACCUUAACUCCACCAUACAACAGGUGUUUAAGGAAAAGGUAAAAGCAUUUUCCGUCAUAAAUUAACAUUUUUGCUGCCAUUUUUUCUUUUACCUUUUAUUGUGUUCUUCCAAAAAAGACAAUGCUCAAUGGUUCUAAAGAAGACAGUGAUCAUCACUGAAGAAGUUUAUCUUAAUAAAUUUUUUCUGCUAGCUAGUAUAUUAUGUUAAUUAAUGGUUCUAAAAGUG